AUGAAGCUGGUCUUCUAUGGUGACCUCCCCAGUCCUGGAGGUCACGAUCAAUCACGGUCGUCACUACCGUCACUACCCCCCUGGGUUCAAGAAACCAGGAGUCUAGCCAGCAGAGCAUCACAACGAGCGAGUGUCCUCCUCACACGAAAGAGGACACAAUCCCGGCCAGUCAUCGGUGCGCCAACAGACUUUCGCCGAGUCGAACCUAUUUCUCGUCGCCGGUCCUUCCGACCUUUGGAACUCAGUAUCUAUCUACCUGGAAACAGGCUAUCUGAUCUCCCGGAAUUCAAUCUUUUCGAUCUAGAUACACCCGGUCAACCCUCACCACCUGCAAAAGCACUCAUGUCGCCGUUCGAUGGCUCGGGACACCUGCGCAGAGACUCAGGUCCAUUCCAACUCUCUCGCAAGCCUGUCGGAUCUGCCCCGUCUCGAAGAAGUUCAUUGGCGACUGUCGACCUGCAACUACAACUAGCACAGGUUCAAAGGCAACCAAGACAAAGCAUGGAUACAAAUCUGACCAGCCCACUGAUCCCUCAUUUCUCAAUGAUCACGGCUCUUUCUUCUUCAUCUCAGAAUAACAAACAUUUGCCCACUGAGAACGUCACACUCGCUGAUAGACCCUCCUCAUCUCGCAAGUCAGUAGCGCCCACAAUGACCCGAGGCUCUCUCGACCACCAACGAGCAACCUCAUACAUCACUGGCAAAAGACAACCAGGCCAAAGCACUCCUUCCUCUGCUUCACGCAACACUACCCCUAUUACUGCAAACCAUCACAGCUCAAAAUCCUCAUCAACAUUCCAAAGCCACAGCCGCAUGCGCACAACCAGCAACUCAACUUCUUCCUCCCGCACUCCUUCACUUUCAAGCGCUAUCACAGCCGCUACGACCAUCUUCCCAUCAGACAAGGAACUCGAUGCUCCGUACACCACCGCUCUCCCCAUGAUCCCAGCCAGUGUCAAGAACAGCGUCGUUAUGGAAGAGCCUCAUGUGGUUGAUGAGCAGCAGCAUGCUCUUUCUAACAGAGGAUAUGAGUAUGAUCAGAGAUUUCCUCUGAGUCCGGUUGGAGUUGCCUUUUGA